ACGAUGAGGAAUCACACAACAGUGACAGCCUUUAUUCUUCUUGGCCUAACAAAUGAUCCACAGUUACAGGUGGUCCUUUUUCUUCUCCUUUUAUUCACCUACAUGUUGAGUGUCACCGGGAACCUUCUCAUCAUCACCCUUAGCCUACUGGAUUCACAUCUCAAGACCCCUAUGUAUUUCUUCCUCCGAAAUUUCUCAUUUUUAGAAAUCUCCUUCACAACCGUCUGUAUCCCCAAAUUUCUUGUUAGUAUGGCAACAGGUGAUAGGUCUAUUUCUUACAACGAUUGUGCGGCACAACUGUUUUUCACUAUUCUCCUGGGAGCCACUGAGUUUUUCCUGCUGGCUGCCAUGUCCUUUGACCGCUAUGUGGCCAUCUGCAAGCCUCUGCACUACAUGACCAUCAUGAGCCCCAGGGUGUGCAACUUGCUUGUCUUUGCUUCAUGGUUAGCUGGUUUCCUGAUCAUUUUCCCACCCCUCGUGAUGGGUCUGCAGCUUGACUUCUGUGCUGCCAACACCGUGGAUCAUUUCUUCUGUGAUGUUUCCCCCAUACUGCAGCUCUCUUGCACAAACACAGACACCAUCGAACUGAUGAUGCUGCUGGCAGCCAUCUUGACACUCCUGGUCACACUGGUGUUAGUGAUUCUUUCCUACACGCACAUCCUCGGGACUAUUCUGAACAUACCUUCUACUCAACAGAGGAAGAAAGCCUUUUCCACGUGUUCUUCCCACAUGGUGGUUGUGUCCAUUUCCUACGGAAGCUGCAUCUUCAUGUACGUGAAACCCUCUGCAAAGGAAAGGGUGUCGUUGAAUAAAGGGAUAGCCCUGCUCAGCACCUCUGUUGCACCCAUGCUGAAUCCUUUUAUUUACACGCUGAGAAACAAACAGGUGAAAGAUGCUGUAAAGCACAUGGCCAAAAAGCUCCAAGUCUUCUCACCGAAAUGA